UGGUGGUACAGGAUGCAUUGCUGAAACGGCCAUAGCAUGCCAGAUGAGUGGCAGAGCCACCCCUUCUCCACUACUCUUACUUUACCAGGUUGAGAGUACUUCGGCAAUUCCUGCAAUAGAACUUGAGUUUGGCAUGACCCCUCCGACCUACAGUCCUGCCUUCAGCCUUCCUCCAAACUCUGUCACACCUCAUCUUCAGCAAGUUAAAAGGGAAGCUGAGAGUGUCUUGCCUGAGAAGGAGCCAGAAGACCUUGCCUGGGGCUACAGAGGGUUGGGUGCUUCUCUGUUUGCAAAGUGACGCUGGGUGUUCCCAGGGAAGGGCCGUAUGUCUCCAUGUGAAAACCACCUCCCUCUCUCAGAUAACACGAGUUCAGAUUCCAAUACUGCUGUGGAGUGGAUCACAACCCUACGUGACUCCAGCUCCAGGACUGCCGACAGCUUCAUCUGGCCUCCCUCAGGACCUGUGUGGUCCCAGAUCCUGUCUUUCCUCAUGAGGGUGUCUGGAUUCUGACGUCUGGAGUAGGUGGGGUCUGCAGUCUGCCUUUCCCCUCCAGGGCAUCAGACGCCCCUGCCCACCAGGACGGGAGGGGUGAAGCAGGGUCAGGGAAGAAUAUUGUGGUUCCGUGUCUUCUACUGUCUUCUUCCGGGUUGCGGGGGUUGCUUCUCCAAGAAUCUUAGUGCUAUGACUCUUAGGCAAAGGCCUUCUCUGGCUAUCUUUAAUGAAGCGGCUCUCAGAGAUGAUCUCAGCUUGUUCAUAUUUCUUCAUUUGGGGUGGCCUUGAACCUACACAGUUUAUUCCGUCGAACCAGGGGUUUUAUAGAUACAGUUUUGGAGAAGGGCUUGAGACUAUGCAGGGACGGGGAAAGGUCAUUGGCUCCAGAGAUGCCUCGUUUCCUUGGGGACGAAUUUCAGGUGCUGUGCUAUAUGACUGUCUACCUGUGACUGCCUGAUUGGAGGUCUCAGGGUUAUGGGUUACGUGCUCUGAGGCAGGAACGGAAACAGGGAAGGAGUUAUCUCCACUCAUGCUGGCCUCAGGAUAAGAUUCUAAUCUCAAUUUUUGAGAUUUCCAGGGUUUAGAUUUUUCUCUGCCUUUCCAGAUCUAUGCCCCACAUACUUGCACUAAACAUUUAAAACACAUGUGUAAAUAAAAUAGAGUAAAAAUAACAAUACCUUUUUUAUUUUUAAGUUUUAGCUUGAGGUUGAGUCAUGGAGCACUUAGCCAUUAUGCCUAGUAAAUUUUCUGUUAUAUUAAACAUGUAACCUAUGUGAUGUGCACAGCUUGCUUCUUACCCUUGGCUGGUGUAGGAGGGUCCUGGGGAUUGAAUCCAGGUUUUCACAUAGGCUAAUCAUGUGCUCUGCCAUGGAACCCCACUCCUGCCCACACAUACCUUAAACCAUACGACUGCUGACAACUGCUCCCGGCCGUCUGUGCUGUUGAAGAGCUGGGGCAGGAGCAGGAGCAUCUGACACUGGGGUGGCACUGAUGUUCAAUUUAUAAAAAAGAUCAAGUACAUAAGUACCUGGGGUUCUGAUGCAGGAGGCCAACUUGGAGCUAGCCUGGACUACAUAGGCUAGCCUGGACUACACAGUGAUAGCCUGUAUCCAAACAAACAAGGAACUGGAGAGACGGCUCAGUGGUUAAGACUGUUUAAUGCUCUUUCAGAGGACCUGGGUUCGAUUCUCAGCCCCUACCUGGCAGUUCACAAUCUUCUAUAACUCUAGUCCCAGGGUAUCUGAUGUCCUGUUCUGGCCUCCACAGGCCCCUGGUACACACAGACAUACAUUCGGGCAAAAUAGCUAUACAAUAGAAUAAAAAAUAAAAUUAUUAAGAACAAACAAACCCUUCCCUGCAGUAUCUAGGAAGCACAGGUAAGUCAGGUGUGUCUGUAUAUGCAUGACAAAAACACCUGGUCCCCCUCCGCCCCCCCCCCACACUCCCUCAAUGUUUUUCCUUUAAUUUCCCUUCUUUGCUGGAAAUUGAAUCCAGGGCCUUGGGCAAGCUAGGCACGUUUUCUUCCAUUCAGACACUCCCUGGGGUUAUUUUAAUUUUAUUCUUCCCCCAUCUCUCUGUGUGGAGGCCAGAGAACACCUUGUGGGAGUUGGCUCUCUCCUUCCAUCCCAUGCGGUCCGGGAUUGAACUCAGUUACUCAGGCUUCGCAGCAAUCACCCAUUACCUGCUGAGCCAGCUUGUCAGCUCUUAUGUAGUCUCUCAUCCUCAGUCUUGAAGCAGCCUCUAAGCCAUGUCUCCCCACAGUGGUCUGUUCUUUUCCUUGGAGUUUUCCUGUGUUUAGCACCUCCCUAUGUCCUGUUGCAUGUCACCCUCACCAACUGUGUAUCCUGGAGGGGUGCAGUAUCCACAGCUGUGUCUCAGCAUCUGGAACAACAUCUGAUAUAAACUGAGCCUCCUCCUUCUUUUAAAACAAUACUUAUUUUAUGUGUCCAAGUGUUUGGCCUGCCUGCAUGUCUGUGCACCAUGUGCAAUUCUGGGUGUCUUAGGAGGCCAGAAGGGGGCGCUGAGUCCUCUGGAGCUGGAGUCACAGAUGGACCCUUGUGGAUGCUGGGAACUAAACUCGGGUCCUCUGCAAGAGUAGUCCACAUUCCUACCCACUGAGCCUCCUCUUCAGGCCCACUCUUCUGCAUUUCUUGAGACAAGAUCACACUAUGUAGCUAAGGCUGGCCUCUAAAUUGCUACGAUCCUCUGGCUCAGCCUCCUAGAUGCUGGGAUUACAGCCACCAUGUGAAGCUUACAAAGCAGGCUUUCAGGAAGUGUCUAGAAAAAAAAGCAAGUGAAAAAUGUCCCCUCAAGCCCAGGGCUCACAUGACCUCUUAUGACUCACUAACAGAUGCCUUUACCUGCAGGGCCGGUUGACACGCAGCUGUGACCAACGGGGUGUGAGGCUUAGCUACAGAAAGGAGUCACUAUCCUAGAGAGAAGGGUGGAAGCCCAAAACUCAUACAAUGGCAUAACCUUGUUCUCCCCCAAGCCCCCAUGGAAGCUUUCCGUUUACAUAUAGAGAGCCUGUUUCAUAAAGCCAAAGCAAGAACCAGAUCAUGCAAGAACUGGCCAUGAGACCGGUUGGCAAGGCCCUGGAGAGCUAAACUGAAUAUAAAUUGGAAGAGACAGGCAUGGAUCUGUAAUCGCAGCUACUUGGAGGCUGAUGUAGGAGGAUCAUAGAUCAAUGCCUAUCUGGGCUACAGAGUGAGUUCAAGGCCAGCCUGGCCACCUAGUCUCAAAAUAAAAACAUUUUAAAAGGUCUGGGUUUUCUGGCACAUGUCUUUACCGUUAGCACUUGGAAGGCAGAGGCAAGCAGAUCCCGGGAGUUUGAGGCCAACCUGGUCAACAUAGUGAGUUCUAGGAUAGCAAGACCUACAAAGUGAGACCCUGUCUCAAAAAUAAAAAUGAAAAAAAAGUUAAAAAAAAAAAAGUCUAGGAUAUAAAGAGCCUUGUGACAAACAUGCUCUCCUAGCAUGCGUGAGAAAGCAGGAUGUAUGCGGUGGGCCACCCAGAUGCUAUUGGGCAAAGUUUUCUUUUGUAUGGUGGCACAUACAUGUCAUCCCAGCCCCUGUGAGGCUGCAGCAGGCAGAUGAAGAGGUCUGUGCUAGCCUAAACUACAGGCAGAGAUCCUGUCUCAUAAAACCAAGGUCAGAAACAUCAAAACACCCCCCCACCCAGAGGCGGGCAUGGUGGUUCAUGCCUGUAAUCCUAGUACUUGGGGUGCUGAAGCAGGUAGAUUGCUAUGAGUUUGAGGUCAUCCUGGACUUGUAUUGUCUAGCCUAAACAAUUAAAAAAAAAACAAAACAAAAACAAAAACCAAAGGAUCAAUAACCCCCCAAAUCCGAUGUUAGAAGUGACAAACCUGAUUAAUAGCAAGAGAAGUAGAGUCACGAGCUCUUCUCCCAACGUCUGGUUUAGAUCAAUUUUAUGGGCAGAUCUGCCAGAUACCAGGGAACAGAAACAUAUACUAGUGAUGCAUCUGCUUUUCUAACUGUGGUAGAUGCUAGGCUGAGCUAGGAAGCCCCAGGCAGUCCCUCUGUAGGGCCUUCUGGGUAAGGCUCUCACUAUGACACCCUUGAAUGGGUGAACAUCCUGUUUGAACAUACAGCACUGUGACAUGAAGUGACAUGAUAUCCUAGAGUCUGAGCUUCUUCCACUGGCUUUUCUGAUAAGGAGAAAGGUGAGAAGUCAUGAAUCCAUUGGCAAAUGGUGACAGAAAGCUGAGGAGAGGGGCCAGUGGAGGGAGAGAAAGGUGGAGGAGAAAAUACAGAGUGCUGGUGCAUGCCUGCUACAGUCCCAGAGGAUCAAGAGUUCAAGGCCAGCCUCAGGUACAUAGUGGGUUCCAGGCCAUUCUGGGCUACAGGAGACCCUAUCACAACAAAACAUAGAAAAAAUAGGUAGGAUACCUUUUUAAAAGGGUAAGCCGAACCUAUCUAUCUUGGUGUGGACCAGGAUUCUGACACCCCUACCUCCAUGUUCCUGGCUCCCUUCUCUGCCUGGCCUCUACUCUCCGUCAUUAAGGGAUGUGGGAUGCUUCUGGCUGAGUGCCUUUGUCAUUGGAGUGUGAACCUGGGAAAGAGAGUCACUUUGCAGAGUGGUCCAGUUAGCCACCUCUGCUGUCAGCUGUCAGAGUUGGGAAGGCCCAUGCUCCCGGGUCCCUGGUUCUGGAAUGUUUGGUUCUGGGUGUGGCUAUUGCUUCUUUGAGGGGACCACCUCAUGCUCUGGUUUGAAGUUGACAACACGUGCUGGUUCUCAGCCACGCCUGGGCACCCACACAGAUAACUACCUCCUCCGCUGUGCACACCCGCAUUCCUCCAUGCCUGAGUGUUCCACUGCUCCCUCCUCUCUCCUCGCUCAGCCUCACUGUUGGCAUUAAAACCUAAAUACACACACACACACACACACACACACACACACACACCGUACCCAACUGUUCCCCACCUACUGGCUCUUGUUUGCCUCCCUCUAGACUAUCCUCCAGGUAGACAUACUGGGGAGGAUUCAUUACCUGCCCUUCCUUCUAAUGCCAGACUUUAGCCCCAGGCCGGGCUUGCAUCUCCGUCCCCCUAUACUCGGAGCCAACAGUACAAUGCUUGGGGCUUCAGGUCAGGGCACUGGAGGCCCCAGGGGAGCAGAGAAGGAAGGAGAAGGUCCUGGCCCCCAGCCCACAUGUCUGAGGCAGCUUCUGCUCCACCAGGUCUCCAAGCCUCUCCCUAGGGCUGCCUCGACCGGCUUUUCAGGUAUCACUGCGUCCUUUCUCAGCUCAUGGCAAUCAGCCCCCAGCCCUUGCCCAGGGACUGGGAGGAGAGGCCUGGAUUCUGUCAUGAACAUGUGAUCCUGGUUCCAAAAUUUGAGGCCCUCCCCAAGAGACCCUAUGUAGCUUUGGGGACCCAGUUACCCCUUCUCCCCAGCAUGCUGUGAGGUGGGUCCAGGCUCGUCGUCUUUCCUUAGCUUCUAACCCAUCCAUGAGCUCCAUCUAUGACUAUAGUUACUGGGCCUCAGUUAAUAUCUCGUGAACUGGGGUCAUAGCAGUAUCCAGAACAAAGGGCCCGAUAGCUAGAAGUGAACAGUCUAGGAGGGGAGACACACUUAAAAAUUAAAAACAAUUUCAGAUUGCAACAAGGUCUAUAGAAUCAGAAGGGUGACAUCACAGAACACAAUUGUCAUACCUGUCACACCACACUGCCUGGGGCAUGGUCAGGAAGGGCUUUCUGACAUGCUGGCCAUUUGAGCCAGGUGUGGAGUUAGUGGAGACAGCUGGGUCACACUCUGGCUUCCAGGCACAUGAAAAGUUGCCAGACAGCCAUGGGGGGCAGGGUGGAGGGCUGAGGAGCUCGGACAAAGGCCAUGUAACUGGAGCAGAGAGAGAGGUGGGAGAGGGAACUCCAAGGACAAAACCAGGCAACUCCUUCAGCUCCUUGGGGUGGGGGUGGGGGGGUCCUCUUCUCCCUGUCUGCUUUCCACUCUUCCAGAGUUAUCCUGUAGAGCAAGCCUUCUAAGAGGACUGACAGGGUGGUUAGGGAUGGAGGGUGCCUGAAGGUGGGUUCAAAAGGAAGGAGGAUGGCCAGUGGGAGAGAGAGGAAAACAGGAGGGGGCUGGGCAGGGCAGAACCCUACUGGGGUGGAGGGCCUGAGCAGGUUAAAGAGCAGAGGCAAGGAUCUUGUCCAUGAAUCAUCCUGUCUUCCUCCUCCUCCUCCUCCUCCUCUUAAUUGCUCAAUCCCAAAUAUCUCUGGGAAACACCCCCUUGACUGAACCGAAGUCAGAGCCUCACAGGAGGGAUUGAGUCAUGAGGGGUGGGGAAGAGGGAGGGAGGUGAAGGAUAAAUAGCGGCCUCGCUCCCUGGCUCCUCUCUGCAUCCUCCCUGCCUUCCCAACAACAUGUAUCUUGUCAGUUUGCUCAGCUCCUGCUGCCUCUUAGUGCUCCUGGGGACUCUGCCUGCCCGGGCAGCCCAUGAGGAUCCCGUUGAGAAGGUCAUAGAAGGGUUCAGCCGAGGGCUGAGCAAUGCUGAGAGAGAGGUGGGCAAGGCCCUUGAAGGCAUCAAUAACGGAAUCACUCAAGCUGGAAGGGAAGUGGAAAAAAUUUUUGGUGAACUCAGCAACAUGGGCAGCCAGGCUGGCAAGAACGUGGAACAUGGCUUGGACAAAGUAGCCCACGACAUCAACAGUGGCAUCGGACACGCAGGAAAGGAAGCAGAGAAGUUUGCCCAUGGGGUCAACCACGCCGCUGGACAGGUUGGGAAGGAGACAAACAAAAUCAUCCAUCAUGGGGUCAGCCAGGGGGGCAGUGAAGCAGGGAAGUUUGGUCAGGGGUCCCACCAUGCUUUUGGUCAGGGUGGGAAUGUGGCAGACAAGUUAGGUCAUGAAACCCACCAUGCUUUUGGUCAGGGUGGGAAUGUGGCAGACAAGUUAGGUCAUGAAACCCACCAUGCUUUUGGUCAGGGUGGGAAUGUGGCAGACAAGUUAGGUCAUGGAGGGAAUGUGGCAGACAAGCUAGGUCAUGGAACCCACCAUGCUUUUGGUCAGGGUGGGAAUGUGGCAGACAAGUUAGGUCAUGAAACCCACCAUGCUUUUGGUCAGGGUGGGAAUGUGGCAGACAAGUUAGGUCAUGGAACCCACCAUGCUUUUGGUCAGGGUGGGAAUGUGGCAGACAAGUUAGGUCAUGAAACCCACCAUGCUUUUGGUCAGGGUGGGAAUGUGGCAGAGAAGUUAGGUCAUGAAACCCACCAUGCUUUUGGUCAGGGCGGAAAUAUGGCAGACAAGUUUGGUCAGGGGGCCCACCAUGCUUUUGGUCAGGGCGGAAAUAUGGCAGACAAGUUUGGUCAGGGGGCCCACCAUGCUUUUGGUCAGGGCGGAAAUAUGGCAGACAAGUUUGGUCAGGGGGCCCACCAUGCUUUUGGUCAGGGCGGAAAUAUGGCAGACAAGUUUGGUCAGGGGGCCCACCAUGCUUUUGGUCAGGGCGGAAAUAUGGCAGACAAGUUUGGUCAGGGGGCCCACCAUGCUUUUGGUCAGGGCAGGGAUAUGGCAGAGACAUUUGAUCAGGGGGCCCACCAUGCUUUUGGUCAGGGUGGGAGAGAGGGAGGCAGACUGGUGCAAGGGGCUGGUCAGGGACUUAGCCAUGCUGCAAAGGAGGCACAGCAGUUUGGUCAUGGUCACGGGCAUGGUUAUUAUGCUGCGGGGCAGACUUGGCAAGAAGGAGACAAAGUAAUUCGUCCCGGGGUCAGCCAGGCUGGGGAGGAGAUGGAGCAGUUUGGCCAGGGUGUCCGCCAUACUAUUAAACAGGCUGAAAAGGAAGCAGAAAAAGUGGCCCAUGGGGUACAGAAUGGAGUCAACCAGGCUCAAAAGGAAGCAGAAAAAGUGGCCCAUGGGGUACAGAAUGGAGUCAACCAGGCUCAAAAGGAAGCAGAAAAAGUGGCCCAUGGGGUACAGAAUGGAGUCAACCAGGCUCAAAAGGAAGCAGAAAAAGUGGCCCACGGUGUCCAAACUGGGGUCAACCAGGCCGGGAAGGAGACACAGAGAGUUGGCCAAGGGGUCCAAACUGGGUUCAACCAGGGUCAAAAGGAAGCAGAAAAAGUGGCCCAUGGGGUCCAAACUGGGGUCAACCAGGCCGGGAAGGAGACACAGAAAGCUGGCCAAGGGGUCAACUAUGCUGCUGGCCAGGCCGAGAAGGAAGCGGAGAAGCUUGGCCAAGGUGUCCACCAUGCUGCUGGCCAGGAAAUGAACAGGUUGCAGCAAGAUGUUCAUAAUGGGGUCAACCAACCCAGCAAGGAGGCCAACCAGCUGCUGAAUGGGUCUCAUCAAGGUCAAGGCGGGUACGGAGGCCAGCACGGAGGGGCCGCAACCACUACAGUAGUAUCUGGGGCCUCGGUCAACAAGCCAUUUAUCAACUUCCCAGCUCUGUGGAGGAGUAUCGCCGCCACCAUGCCCUAAACUGAUGCCCAGGCAACAGAAUGUUCCGGUUGUCACACCAGCUGAACCGACCCAGAGGAGCGGGGGCUUGGGGAGAGCUUCCUGGGUGCCCUUGAGAGGGCUGCUUUGAGCUUUGUGAAUAAACUUGAACAUACUCUCCCUUUUCA